GUGUUCCAUUGCAUCUCUCGAAAUGUGCUACAGCGGAUAAAGCAGGAGGAGACAGCCGUGUCCACCCCACCGGCGCUGCCCAAUUUCAAAAUCUCACGAGAGAGGGAGCCGUUCAAAAAACCGAAGAAGAAGCACUCCUCCUGUUGCUAA